CAAGCUCUCGGACCUGGAAAAUCUCAACCCAGCGAUGUCCAAGAAGCCCGAGCCGAGCUCCGUGCGCGUGCGGUUGGCCACCUACGCGGGCUCCUGGUACUCGCACGACGAGCACGAGCUCGAGGGCGAGCUCGCAGGCUGGCUGGACGCUGCGGAGGACAAUGACACGCAGGAGAAGCAGCCGAGCAUUCGCGCCAUCAUUGGACCGCACGCAGGCUUCCGAUACUCGGGCCCCACGGCGGCGUACGCGUACCACCAUCUGCUCAACUUGGACCGCAUCAAGCGCGUCUUCAUCCUGGGGCCAUCGCACCACUUCUAUCUGCGUGGGUGCGCCGUGUCGACUGCUCACGAGUAUGAGACGCCGCUGGGCAACAUUGUGAUCGACCAUGAAGUCAACGAGAAGCUCGUGGAUUCGGGCAAGUUCGCGACCAUGUCGAUGGACGUUGACGAGGACGAGCACAGCAUCGAGAUGCACCUUCCUUUCAUCUACAAGGUGAUGAAUGGCCGCAAGUUCACGGCGGUCCCGAUCUUGGUCGGCAACACCAAGAGCAAAAUGGACGAGGAAUACGGGAAGAUUUUGGCCCCGUACCUGGAGAAUGAUGAGAAUCUGUUCGUGAUCAGCUCCGAUUUUUGCCACUGGGGACCUCGAUUCCGCUACCAGCCGCAUGAUUCGACCUAUGGCGAGAUCCACGAAUACAUCAAAUAUUUAGAUCACCAGGGCAUGGGCUUCAUCGAGCGCUUGGACGCCGAGGGAUUCACGAGGUACCUGGAAGAAACAAACAACACGAUUUGCGGUCGUCACCCGAUCUCGCUGCUCCUGCACAGCAUCUUGGCCUCGAAGAAGCUCAAGUGCACGCUCAAGUUCGUGAAAUACGCCCAGAGCAGUGCAUGCAUGCGCCACGGCGACUCCUCCGUGAGCUACGCUUCGGCCAUCGUCUACAGCGAGCCGUAA